AUGCUUGCAGGUAAAGCUGAUCAGAUUCUGAUUGGCCUGAUGUGCAGAAAGACAGAGGCUUCAGAGUGCGAAAAAUAUUGGCUCGAUGGUUCAGAAGUCAGCUACGAGAACUGGAAGGAAGGAGAGCCUUCCAGCAGCAGAGGAAACAAGGAUUGUACAACAAUUACUGACGGCGGUGAAUGGAUCAGCGUCGACUGUAGAGAAGAACACCUUUUUGCUUGCGUUAUCAGAGGAUCCUCUUGUUUGCAGCAAAGCGUAAACUGACUGAACUUCGAUAAUGCAAGGAUCAGUUAUCUAAGAGCAAAAAACAGCGGCAUUCGUUGCAGUCAUAGGAAACAUAAUCAUCUAAACUUUUUUUUCGCAACGUAAUUAUUUGGUUGUGAAAGUCCCUGGUAGCUUUGUAUUCCUAUUUUUGUCGGUGCAAGCCUUAUUGCAACUCAUAACGAUGUGUUAUUUUUGUCCCUAGAUUCCGUA